AUGUAUUUAUCAAAAAAGCCUGUACAAAAAGAACGACCACAAUGGGGGAGCCAAUGGGAAUUUCUCAUGUCAUGUAUUGCAACUUCAGUAGGUCUGGGUAACAUCUGGCGGUUUCCCUUCGUUUGCUAUGAAAAUGGAGGGGGAGCGUUUCUCAUACCAUACCUUGUUGUGCUGAUCUUUAUCGGAAAGCCCAUAUAUUAUCUUGAAACAUCUCUUGGGCAAUUCAGCAGUAAUAACUGCGUGAAGGUUUGGGAUGUGGUGCCAGCUUUAAGAGGAACUGGGUUUGUUCAAACCUUGAGUGCUGUCUACGUGUUAUCAUACUACAUGUCAAUUGUGGGUCUUUGUAUAUACUAUUUAGUAAUGAGCGUCCAAUCUACCCUACCAUGGUCUGUAUGCAAAGCAAUGUGGUCAAACUGCGUACCUUCUGGACAAUAUAGUCCUGACCCUAGUUCUGGAAAAAGCAGUGCAGAAUUUUAUUUCAUGCAGGUAGUGCUCCAAGGGAAGACACAAAUUCAUGAUGGAAUUGGUACACCUUUAUGGCAUCUGGCACUAUGUUUAUUUCUAGGAUGGAUCUCAGUUUUUUUAAUAAAUGUUCGUGGUAUUAAGACAUCAGGCAAAGUGUCAUAUUUCCUUGCUUUGUUUCCAUAUGUGAUUCUGGUUAUUCUACUAAUUAGGUCUGUCACUUUACCUGGUGCCAGUAAAGGAAUAUUGUUUUUUAUUACGCCCGUAUGGAGUAGAAUUAUGGAGUUAAAAGUAUGGUAUGCAGCAGUUACCCAAGCUUUCUUCUCUUUGUCCAUCUGUUCAGGAGCUCUUAUUGUGUUCUCCUCUUACAAUCGCUUUGGACAAGAUGUUUAUAGAGACUCCUUAAUUGUGUCUACUCUGGACACAUUUACAAGCUUAAUCUCAGGUUUCACUAUAUUCGGCAUGUUGGGCAAUCUCGCACACCAGCUUGGGUAUGAUGACGUUCAAAAUGUUAUUGGAACAGGUGGCUCCAGCCUUGUCUUUAUUUCUUACCCAGAUGCCAUUGCGCAAUCACCAUUUUUUCCACAACUGUUUGCUUUCUUAUUCUUCUUCAUGAUGCUAGUCUUGGGUGUCGGAUCUGGAGUGGCAUUACACUCUACAAUGAAUACAAUACUGCUAGACUACUUCCCAAACGUACCCACCGUUACAAUGAGUGGAUUAACCUGCUUUAUAGGAUUUUUCCUAGGACUUAUUUAUACCACUCCAGGUGGACAACAUAUGUUGCAAUUAGUGGAUUUCUAUGGAGGAACUUUCAUGAGAUUGUUUGCUGCUAUAACUGAGACUAUGGGUAUAUUUUGGAUUUAUGGAUUGGAAAACAUGUGUUUGGAUAUAGAAUUCAUGUUACAUAAAAAAACUUGCUUUUACUGGCGAAUAUGUUGGAGUAUUAUUACUCCCUUACUGAUGUUUUCUGUGUUUGUAUAUUCAUUGGUUACCAAACAAAUACCUAAAUUUGGGGAUACAUACAUUUAUCCCGAGUCUGCAUUUAUUGCUGGUUCUACUCUUCAAUAUAGUGGAGUGGCACUUAUUCCCAUUGUAAUGAUUAUCACGUUUUAUAAAUUCUGGACACAUAGAUAUGUACAGACAAUAAAGCAGUCGUUCAAACCCUUGCCAACCUAUGGCCCUAGCAUUCCAGCAAAACGAGAAGAAUGGUUAAAGUUUAUUACACAAGCAAGAGAGGACCGAGAGAAUAUGCGCAGGAACCGGUUGCAUCAUUUAAUCAUGAUCUUAUCUGGCGCUUACCGGUGGGGUAAAUAG